AUGUCUUCUCAGAACUCAGUAUCGCUAAAGGUUGGUCUCGUUGGAGAUGCUCAGAUUGGCAAGACGUCGCUAAUGGUUAAAUACGUGGAGGGAUGCUUCAACGAGGAUUACACACAGACACUCGGGGUGAACUUCAUGGAACGGUCAAUCCUCAUAAAGAAUACACAGAUAACGUUCUCGAUUUGGGAUUUAGGUGGAGAAAGAGAGUUUCUCAAUAUGCUACCGUUGGUUUCUAGCGAUGCCGUUGCCAUUCUAUUUAUGUUCGAUCUGACCAGAAAGUCUACCUUGAACUCUAUCAAAGAGUGGUACAGGCAGACCAGAGGAUUCAACAAAACGGCCAUUCCGUUCCUGGUGGGAACAAAGUACGAUCUCUUCAUAGACAUGCCAAUGGAGGAUCAAGAAGAGGUGACUACACAGGCGCGCAAAUUUGCAAAGGCCAUGAAUGCCAGUCUCAUCUUCUGCUCCACCAGCGCCUCCAUCAACAUCCAGAAGAUCUUCAAAAUUGUCAUCAGCAAAGCAUUUGAUUUGAGACUCACCAUUCCAGAAGUGACACAUAUAGGUGAGCCAAUCCUGCUAUAUCAGGGCGUGUAG